AUGUCAGCGACCACGCUAUCCCAAAACACACAUUACAUACAUUUUAUCUUGCCAUUGAUUAAAAUAUAUUAUAAACUUGAUACGUUAUUGGCCAGCAUAUCAACAACAAAUAAUAAUGAACAACAGCUUAUUUUUAUUGCGGUUGAACACAACAAUCGAAAACGGCAUUUUUUAAGUGUUACUUUCGAUGAAUUAUCAAAAUUAUUGCACUGUUUAGAACCACCUAAACUCACAUUAUAUGAGAUUUUAUGUCGAAAUAAGUCCUGUAAAUUAUAUUUCGAUGUUGACGUAUAUAUAGAAAACACUUUUUUAAUAAACAUCCAAGAAUCUCUAUCAACCUUACAAAAUCUAUUUCAUUAUAUUAUUUCAAAUUGUACUGAUUCAAUCACAUAUCAUUCAGCAUCAAUUGCGGAUCAUUUUCUUGUCUUAUCUGCAUCAACAGAAUUAAAACAUAGCUACCAUUUGAUUUAUACAAACACAAUCGUACGAUUUGACUCACAACAAACCGUCCUUAAAUUCAUUUUGACAAUAUUGCAGUAUUGCACACAUUUCAUACUAUCACAUUCAUGUCACCAACAUUUUUUACAAUCAAUUAGUAUACAUCACGAAAAUAAUCCGAAUAAUUGGCUUAAACAUCUGCAAACGAUUUUAACUAAUACCAAUUUCUGUAAUUGUGUAAUACCUGCAACUAAUAUAACUUGCAAUAACUUUCAAAAGCUUUUAUUCAAAAAUUCGAAUGGAUUUUACCAAUGGAUCUUUGAUCUUCAUGUUUAUAACAAAAAUCAACAAUUCAGAUUAUACAAAGUGACAAAAUUUGGAAAACAUAAUCCUUUACUAACAACAUCUAGCGUCUCAUUCAAUGGCCAGAAUGAACGAAAGAAUGAAAUGUUAAUUGAUAAGACUAUAAAUUAUGAUUCUAUUCUUAGCCAUGCAUUAAUAUCUUAUACAGUAAAUAAUACAAAUCUACUGAUCUUCUCAUUUAAUGAGAAUAAAUGGUCGUUGCUUGACCAACAUGAAAAUCGUAUCGUUGACUUGACUACUAAAACUUAUUUUACAACAUUAAUUAUAUCAAAAACAUCGCCAAACGAGACUAAUGCACUAAAACGAAUACCGCCAACAAAUACCACUGACUUAGCCAACAACACAGAUCAUUUCAAAAGUUUUAUAACAAACUUAAUCACAAAAAUAUAUCAUACAAACGCUUACAUAAGAUCAUGCCAACGAGGAACAAACAAUCCUUCCUUACUGUUCUACAACAUUGGUGGAGAAUUUCGUUUUUGUGAACGGUUGCAACGCCAUCAUCAAUCGAACAACACUUGUAUUAUAGUUGACACUUCUACGUGUAAAUAUCAGAUUAAAUGUAAAGAUCCAGAUUGUAAAAACUUUAAACCACCAUGGAAACAUAUUUCUUAA